AUGGACGCCGUCAAACGAGAUCUGCACACCACGACGGCCCACGUCUCGUCCCUCUUGACCCGUUACAGUCGUUUGGCGCAACAGACGAGCACCCACUAUUCGUCGUCCGGCUUGCUCAACGACGACGUCACCCAGCGCACGACCGAGCUCGAGACCGAGAUGGAGCACUCGUUGGAGACGGUGCGUAUCUUGCUUGGGCUCUCGAGCUGUCGGUGCUGUGUCGGAGCUGAGCUUGGAUCAUCGACUCGCACGUGACCGGCCUACAGUUCACCGCCCAGAUCGAACGCCUUGCCAACCUGUACGCGACAGCGCAUCCACCCCCUUCGGCGACCCAGACCCAUGCUUUGGAACGUCACCGAGAGGUCUUGAUCGAGUACCGGAAGGACUUUGCCCGGACAAAAGUACGCGCCCGCCCUUGCCUGAGGAACACAUAUCGACUUCCGAGCUGAGACCUCCCCCCUCCCCACCCCCCACGCCUCCCAACAGACAAAUUUGAGGGACGCCGAGCAACGAGCGAACCUAUUGGGAUCCGUGCGAGACGAGAUCAGGUCAGCAAACUAAUCGCUCCCGGUCUCGAGGUGCGAUACAAGUCGACUGACCCGUCACACGCCGGCGCGCGCGAUCCAGCGCGUUCAAAACGUCGACCAACUCUUCCGUCACCGAUCGAUUGCUGCAAGAACGAGGGCACAUUGACAACUCGCACCGCAUGGCCGACGAUGCUCUCAAGUGAGUCAAAAUAGCUUCUCAUGACCUUCACCACCUGGCUGGCUCACCGGUCCUUCUUGGGGAAUGGUGUAUCGACUUGCAGUCAAGCGUACGCGACCCGGCAAGAGUUUGCGGCACAACGAUCCGGACUGACGGGCAUUCAGGCUCGCAUGAAUGGAGUAGCAGGUCAGUCUACAAAGUCGCAUCGCUCGUAACUCUCAUCUGACACCUUCCCUCGCUCAGCUCAAGUACCGAUGCUCAACUCGGUCAUUGGGAUGAUCAACUCUCGGAGGAGGCGGGACUCGGUCAUCAUGGGCUCGGUCGUGGGUGUAUGUGUAUUGUUUUUGCUGUGGUACCUUUUUGGGUGAUGCAGGUGUGCUUUGCGUAUGUUCUUCGUGUAUGUAUUUGCAUUUCUUUCGUUCAGCCUGGACUCGAUCGAGCUGUUUCUGGCAGACACUCGGCAAGGCGUGAUUGUGUUGGAGCAGUACAAGCAGGAGUGGUACUACAUCAUGCAAAACUUUGGUUCAUCUAUCACAACGUCCCACCAAAAGCGUGUCGGCUACUAG